AUACAGUAAGCUUAUAUAAUAAAGAGGGUGGGGUUUACAUUCGAUUCUUUUAUGUUUUAUAAAAUGACACUUCCCUUGCUUUCGUUCAUUUCUUACUCUACUCUCGCACCGUGAGGACUCGUUUCAUCGGGACUAAGCAGACAGCUCGUUAGUCCUUCGGUGGUAAGGCACCACGAAAGCAUACCAAUUUGUGUGCUAUCCAUGCAAAACGCGUCACAUCAUGCCCAAGGACAUCCAGCUGGCCCAUCGUAUCCGAGGAGAGCGUGCUAUAUUAGCUUAGCAUAUAAUCAACAGCCCUUUUCAGGGCUCCAAUUUUGAUGGAUUAGAGUUCAGAAAAGUUUUUUACAGGCCGAACUGAAAGGAGCAUUUAGCGAAAAUCGUGGUGUCGAUGAUAAUUCGAUACCGAUAGGUGCCAUGGAUAUGGAUUGCAUAAUGAAGAAUAUGAAAUACAAGAAUACAAAUACAUGUAGUGAAUAUAUCCCCAUAUCGAAGAAAUCACUUUGAUGAAACUGUUUACCGUUUGUCGUUUUUAAGUGUUGGGAAAGGGCAUUAUUUUUGCUGAGUAAAUUCCAAGAAAAAAUCCAUUCCUUCUUUAAGCGUGAUUCAUUCUGCUUCGGAUCAACAGAACAGUGAUAAUCAUUUCAUACAAAAGAUAAAAUGUCCAAGAGUUAUAUGAUUGCUAUUUAUUGAGUCGGAAAAUUGUUUCAAUAGCUUAAUGAUAGCUUCGAAAACAGGUUAUAAAAUGACGCUUCCUUUGCUUUCGUUCAUUUCUUACUCUACUCUCGCACCGUGACGACUCGUUUGUUUGGGACCAAGGAGAUAGCAGGUUAGUCUUUCAGUGGUAAGGCACACGAAAGCAGCUCGAAUAAGCGCACCAGCCGCAGGAUUGGUGAAGAAGCCACAUCGCUAUCGACCGGGAACUUUGCGUGAAAUUCAUCGCUAUCGGAAGUCGACCGAAUUUCUGAUCCGCAAGCUACCUUUGCAGCUUUUGGAUCGUGGAAUUGCUCAGGAACUCAAAACCGACUUGCGCUUCCAAAGUUCCGCGGUUAUGACGCUGCAGGAGGCUUAUUCGAAGAUACAAAUUUGUGUGCUAUCCACGUAAAACGCGUCACAUCAUGCCCAAGGACAUUCAGCUGGCCCGUCGAAUCCAAGGAGAGGGUGCUAUAUUAGCUUAGCAUAUAAUCAACGGCCCUUUUCAGGGCUCCAAAUUUGAUGGAUUAGAGUUCAGAAAAGUUUUUUGCAGGCCAAACUGAAACGAGAAUUUUCGUUUGGAUGCCAUACAGCAUCGAGAAAAUUCCGGAAAGAUCUAAUCGUUGCUGAAAAAUAAUCUGCCAGUUCCCUGGGAAUUGAAGAAUACAUCCAUGCGAAAGAGUUUUUUUAAUGUUUUCUAAUUAUAUGGCGAACACAGCGACCAAAUACAUUUGAUUUCGUAAUUUUUCAAUCAAGUGUAAUUAGCUGGAAAGCUUCUGAAGAUUAUUCUUUCCCAUCAGUAUGAUAUUUUCGUAUCCAAUAUUGGAUGCAUAACAUGAAAAACGGAAAAUGUUUCGUAUCGCCAAAAUUAUAUAAUUUUCAAUCGAUUAUUGCUCAGUCGCCGAAAUUUUCAUACUCAGAGAGUUCAUUCUCCUCUAGUUUGCCUUCCAAAUUGCCAUCGUAAACCACACCUUCUCUCGAUUCAAUCACGCACGAAAAGCAUACUGAAAUGAUAUUCUGGUGGUGAACCCAUUCAUUUUUCGUGAGGCGUCGUGCACAAAUUACGUAACGCGAUAAGGGGGGAGGGGUUAGAUGUUGCGUUACUUUCUGUUUAUUAGAGAUAGGAAAUUGCGUUACGAAAGGGAGGGGAGGUUCAAAAUCCGGAUUUUUGCGUUACGUAAUUUGUGCACGACGCCUGAGGACAUCGACAAGACAACAUCGUUACUGAACGAGCUGAACGGCGAGGGAUCGAGGUAUUCAUUACCUGGCUUGACCUGAUCUGAAAUGCAAUCAGUUUGUUUUAACUGUGAGGGAGCGCAUAAAAGCCGAUCGAUCAGAAGGAGAAGAGAAGGUGACCAAGAGAGUAUCAGCAUCGAAAUACGGUUCCUCGGGAAGACAUAGAAGCAGCCGCCACACACACACAUACACGCGCGCAACUCUUUUCGUUUGCUGGUUAUCGAGAGGAAACCUGGAAAGAAAUGAUCGUUGCUGAAAAAUAAUCUGCCAGUUCCCCUUGGAAUUGAAAAUUGCAUUCAAGCGAGUUUAUUUUAAUGUUUUCUAUCCAUAUAACUGCGACAACAUACAUUUGGUUUUGUGAUUUGUCAAUCAAGUGCAGUUAACAGGAAAGCUUCUGAAGAUUAUUCUUCAGAACAAGGUUUUUUGUAUCCAAUAUUGGAUGCAUAAAACCUUGAGUCUUCAAAGUAACACUCUCGUUUUUGAAGUCACCCAAAUAUUUAUUUAUUCAUUCAUUCAGGAUGGAUUUAGAUUCAACUUCAAACAAAUGAUCUCUAAAUCAACGAUAGUCCUACGUCACCCUUGCGGUUAUAUCAUAGAUAUAACCCACUUCCUGUUUUUUGUUUUUAAAAGUUAAAAAAAUCGUAAAAAGUGACGAAAUCGUAAGUCGAGCCGACGAUAAACACGAUAGUGUACCGCAUUUCCACUGCAGGUAAGUUUGAUGUGAUUUUUUUUAUCUAUUUCUUUCUGAACAGUGUUUGUUUACUUCAGCAAUAUGUCAAAGUGCCACGUACCGCGAUGCCGGAGCAGAAAAUUUUUGAAAAGUUUUGAUGAAAGUCGGAUAACUUUCCACCGUUUUCCGACCAACAAAUUGUUGAGACGAAAAUGGUUAAACUUUUUCGGAUACAAAUGCUCGUUCGAUACGCGAAACAUAUUUGUUUGUUCGCUUCAUUUUUCGCCGGAUUCUUUUGGGGAUACUGUUUUAACCUAUAAUCAGCAAAGAAGACGUCUUCGUACUGGAGCUAUUCCAUGCAUUCGCUCCUUGGACCUUCCAAAACGUUCCGCUACCAUUCGUAGCGUAUCUAACGUUACCGAAGAAUCUGGUGAAGCUGCUACCGGAAACCAUUCCGAUUAUUCCCACUGCCAAUUUUUGCAUGGAUAUUCGAACGAUUGUUUGGAGUCAACGGCUGUUGGGGAACAAGUUAACGGUUCUGGUUUUGUUGCAUCGGUGAGCGGAUCAGAGCUUGAACAUCUUAGCGGUACUAAGGAGCAGAACGAACGAAGUUUAUCGGCAAACGAAAUAACAACAGUGGCAAAAUAUGGCAUACUUUGCCACAAGAGAGAACGUGAGCUGAGAGCUACAAUCGAAGAGUUGCAAAGCAAACUGGAAAAUCAAGAUCAUCAGAUUUCCAAUUUAAAGAAGCAAACAUUUGAGCUUCAGAGAAGGAUUCAUGAGCAGGUAAAGGCUUUCGAUGAUUUAAAAAAAGUGCACAAAGAAGAGGUAAUCAACAAAGCUCGCGGUUUACUCGCACAAAUCUUCACCGCCAACCAAAUAAACCUCAUGACAGGAAUAAAGGCUGAUUUAGACGAUGCCAGUCAGCGCUCUAGUUGAGGUAUCCAGUGAACA